UGCAGCGAUUUGUUACCACACCAUGAGACCCCUUUCUGCCAAGCCCCGCCGGGCUGGGUUCAAAAGAUCGAGAACGGGCUGUCGCACUUGCCGGUAUGUAGACCCGAGCUCUACACCACAUUGUAGGAGAAGGCGACUAGAAAGGACAUCAUUCACGGCAGAACACGACGCAUCAAGUGCGACGAAACCCCAGGCAGCUGCCGCAACUGCACCUCUACUGGCCGUCAGUGUGAUGGGUACGAUUUGUACCGACAGCUAUCGCUCACGACCACCAACCGAGAAAAGCUCAACCACCGCCGGGAGUCCGCGCCGGCCGUAACUGGCCCAAUCGCGGUUGCGGUGCCGUGGGCUAGCACCUCGGACGAGCGCCGUUGUUUCACCUUUGUCCAAGCCCGGACCCUCCCGGAUGCGCUCAGCUUCUUCGACUCGGCGGUCUGGCAGCAGUUCCUGCUGCAGAUGGUGCCUCGGGAGCCUGCUGUCUGGCACGCCGUGGUUGCCUUGGGUGCGGUGCACCAGCAGGUCGAGGCCGGGGGUGUGAUCGGUCGUGCUCCGCAAUUCUGGUACUGGAUGGCCGUCGCACAGUCGGCGCGGGCCUUCGCUUGUCUACGGAGUCGGAACCCGUGCGAUCCGCAGGUCCGCGACGUGACCCUGCUCUGCUGUCUGCUGUUCGCGGUGGUGGCAAUCAUCUGGCAGGAAUACAGCUCGGCGCUGCAGCAUCUGCGGGCGGGCCUGCGGAUCCUGCGCGAAAGCGAGCCCUCGUCGCAGAGUCCCACGUCCAGACGUUGGGUGACUGUGUUUCGACACCUGGACACCCAGAUCGGGAUGGAUGGGCCGGGCCUGUGGUACUGGGGGGAGGAAGAUGAGGUAGGGGCGGAGAUCCACCCGACCCCGGAUCCAUGGUGGCAGCAAUCACAACAGCAGCAGCAGGGCGACCAAGCGCUUGAACUCAACGACGACCCUCUCUACGGCGCCCGCCAAGCCCUAGAACCCCUGCACAACCGCCUCUUCAAAUUCGUGCGGUGGUGCUGGCGCAUGUCCCCGGCCGAGCUCCAGGCCGACCACGCGGCACUAGAGGCGGAGCAAGUCGCCAUUGCCGCGCAGCUACGGCCGGGGAUGCAGCUGCUCCAGACCCUCCGCCAACGCAACGACCUCAGCCCUAAGUCCCGACACGGGAUCGAGCUCCUCGAGCUUUUGGUCAUCACCGCCUCGCUUGUCGUCCACACCGGCCCCCUUCACCACGACCCUGAACAAUUGCGGCGCUUUACCCCGCAGUACCGCGCGCUGCUGCGCCGGAUCCAGCGAUUCAUCGCCGACUUUCCCCUGCGGCCCACGGUGACGGUCGACCUGGGGGUGAUCCCGCUGCUCUUCGUCGUGGGCGAUGGCUGCCAGGAUUUCCGGCUGCGGUGGGAGGCGCUGCAGGCGCUGCGCGACUGGCCGCAUCAGGAGGGGCCGUUUCACUCGGUCGCGGUGGCGGCCUUGCUGGAGGACCGGAUGGGUCGGGAGCUGAGGGCCUCCCUGCGACGCAGCACCCCGGAAAGACGGAUCUCCGAGCAGGGAGGUGGUUUGCUCAGCCCAGAUGGUUGCGCCGACAAGCAAGACGAGGAAGCCCGGCUGGAAGAGCAGCUGCGGGAGGAACUGGCAGCCAUCACGGCGCCGACGGAGGGCGCGGCGUCUCGCUCUCCGGACAAGGUCCGCGAACAGGAGGCGUAUGUGGCGUGGUUCUGGCGGCAGGUCCGUCGCUCUAACGAUUACUGGGGGUUGGCGGGGAGGGUGAAAAAUCUGGAAUAGUUAGUUUCUAGUGAGCUGAACUACAUCACAGGCU